AUGUGGAUCGGAAAUGCUGACUCACGCCAGUACUCCGUCGCAUUGUUCGCGAGCAACCAAAGCUCGUGCCGCUGCCAGCAGUUGCCGCACGGCUGGGAUUCUGUCAGUGCUCCACCGCCGGGACACUACGCUCGCACUGCACUGUACCGGUGCAGUAUUACUCUGUACCGAAGUUUACAUUUAGCGACAGACUGGGGAGGUGCAGAACUUAUUCAAAUCUCAGAUGUUGAGCAUUCGUGGGGCGCUCGUGACCGCGGCCUCGCCCCGCGCGCUUCGCGACCCCGCACUCGCCUGCGCUCGCGCAUCCUCUCUCGAUUAAUAAUCGCGGUCGACGGCCGCGGCCCGAUUAUUCGAGCUCGUGCGAUUAACGAUUAUGAUUCGAUUACUGUUCACCGGUGCAUUGUCAGCAGCGGUAGAGACCUCUUGUACCGCGCCGCGCUAAACAAUGGCCGAUGUUAUUGUAGGCCGCGCGUGCUCCCGACUGCCUGCGGACUGCAGCUCUGUGAGUACUGGCUCGUGCCGCACUGCCAGUCGGGUGACAAUUAUAUAAACAAUAUUCGAAUAGUAGCCCCGGCUUUGCUCAGAUUCUUCCAAUCUUUGAAUAAUUUAGAACGCAGCGCUUAUGAAAUGCGGAUUUUAUUCAAGUUUACAGAAAAUUCAGAAGCAGAAAGGAUAUUGCUCUGCGUGCCUAUGUAUGGCUAUAGGAUAAUCAUGUAUUGUAGUCUCUAUCUUUAG